AUCCUUCUGGCCCUCACCGCCCUCACUCCACCUCGGCCGCAUCCUCGCCUGACCUGGCCACUCGCCGCCUCACACCGCACCGCACCUCACCACACUCGCAUCACACCAUGGAGGCGCCGCUGCAGGCCUACACGCAGUCCGGCCAGGCCUCGCGCGCCGCAAAGGACGCAAAGGGCGGCUCGUCGCGCGACGCCCGCCGCGCACUGCGCGCCAAGCCAAAGACCAAGUCCAAGUCGGCCGCCUCGCUGCACGCCCAGCGCUUCCGCCGCAGCAAGGAUGCGCCCGUCAUCGCCUUCGACGACGACAACCGCAGAGACUUCCUCACCGGCUUCCGCAAGCGCAAGAACGAGCGCAUUGCAAAGACAAAGGCAAAGUACGCCGAGCGCGCAAAGGAGGAGCUGAAGGCUGCGCGCAAGGAGGUGAGUGCGGCCGGAGAGUGUGACCCAGCAGGAGGCAGCAGGAUUGGGUUGCGAGCAGAGGCGCUGAGGCGGAGGAGCAUGACGGUGCGUUCGGCUCUACCGUGCUGACCCUCUUCUCCCCUCAGACACGAGAGGCGCGCAAGCAAAAGGCUGC